AUGCCGCUGGCCGGAGUGAUCAUCUUCAACCGCCUGCCGUUCGAAUCCCCGCACAAACUGAAAGUCCACUGCCGAUCUAAAGACAACGAUCUGGGGGUUCAAACUAUCGCCAAGGGCACGGAUUACAGCUGGAGAUUCAGCCUGCAUCUCCUGGGAAGAACGCUGUAUUUCUGCAGCUUCGAUUGGGGCAACAAACACAUAGUUUUCGAUGUUUAUACGGAGCCCUUUGCGAAAUUCAAUUGCCGGAAAACUGGGGCUUUUGGGUGUGCUUGGGUGGUCAGGAAGGAUGGGUUUUAUAUGACUAGUGGCAACAAAGUUCACUCCUGGUAG